GUGAUUAUUAAAACAAAUGAUGCUUCAAGAUGUGGAAUGUUUUUAGUUGUAAAAACUUAAGACAUUGCUACGGGGAGAUGUUACAUACGUUACUGGAUAGAGAUGAAGCGGCGUGUAUAGAAGAUGCAGCAAUUGGUGCAAGUACGGUGACAAUAUUUUUGAAAGCCAUAAGGGAAUACUGUGGAGAUGUAAUGAACGUUAUAAGUGAACAUAUGACUUAUGAAGGGAGACAUUUAUAUGAGGUAGUCCUAACCAAAGACCGUCCACCUUCCGAUAAAUCAGAAGACCAGCAAUCAAAGCCAACGAUCAUCAUCGAGGCUGGACAGGAAGGAGGCACAGAAUCCGUAGGGUUGGCCCUUUAUAUAAUAGAACAAUUGGUCGCGUGUGAGGACUACGAACCCAUGCUCCAGUACGUCACCUGGGUUAUACUGCCAUGUACUAACCCUGAUGGACAGGAGUACUCCAGAUAUAGUCAAGUUUCGUGGAAAAAGAAUCUGAGACCUUCAGAAGAUCAACUAAGUUAUGGCGUGGAUAUAACACGGAAUUUCGAUACUCAGUGGGGUUCUUGUCCCAAAAUUGAAUCUGGAUUCUCACCAAUCUACCCCGGAGUUGGACCGGCUUCAGAAAAUGAAACAAUGUUCAUUAAGAGCGUUAUCGCGAAACAUAAAAAAGAGGCGAAACUUUACGUGUCAUUAAAGCGCGACGGACAUUCAAUUCAUUAUCCGUACGGGCACACGAAGAGCGAUCCCAGCAACCCGUCACAGCUGCACCGCGUGGCUGGUGAUAUAGCAAUGCGAGUCAAUCAAAGAACUGGUGGCGUGCAUUUGUUCAUGAACACCAGCGUGUUCGACUCCGAGGGCAAGGCCCACUGUGGACACAGCGUCGACUACGCGUACGAGAGUGGUAUCCCAUUGUCUUAUGAAAUGCGUGUUUUCCUCGGAUCAGACAACAAAAUAAUGACCAAGUUUCAAUCCUUACCACGGGGAUACGAUAAUUCUCUAAGAAAUGGAUAUUUCAGUGGCAUAAGAGAAAUGUAUAACGUACUCACUAAUGAGAAGAAAUACGGUAAAAUUACAAAAUAA